CUGUCUAGCUGUUACCUGUAGGCCAGGUUGUGUAUAGUUUGUUAUCAGUACAUGCCGACAACUUGCCCUCUGCCUAUCCUUAACUCGUUUCAACAUCACAUAGCAGAGAAGAAAAGUAUAGGGUCAUGUUAAAAGCACCAGUAUGUACUAAAUGUGUAUAUUUGUGUAAAAAAGGAAGACAGUGUUGAGCUGAUUAGUGUGUGCACACAAACUGAGAUUCCUACAUGAGCUACCACUGUGAUUUACCUGUGAUCUACCUGUGAUUUACCUGUGUUCUAACUGAUUUACCUGCAAUCUAAAUGUGUUCAGCUGUCAUUGCCCUAAAUAAGGCAUUUAGGUAGUAUUACUACCAUUUAAGAAACAUUCUUCAUUGUAUGCAAUGUUUAUUCACUGUUUAAAUGCUUAAGCAGGAAGACGGGCAAUUGAAACUCAACCCAAAAAAAUUAUAUAGUACAUGUGGUAGUUGAAGAAGCAUGUCAGCUAUGACAGCACUAAACCUGUCUACCAGUGAUCCAGUAUCAGUCUAUACGGCGUAUGUGAGGGGCCACAGACGCACCCCUAGUGAUGUCCAGUUCAAGGAGCUGACAAGGCGCGACAUCAUGAAAGCCAUGAGCAAGGAGGUCGCAAAACUAGUCAACACAGCAUUACCAGGACAACAGGAGGAGAUGCGCCGAGAACUAGACGACUAUGAGGAAUUAUUUAACCGCUAUCUUCAGGAGACUGGACCGUCCUUUAUGUGGGACAGAAUCAAACUUUUACCAGAUGAUGCUGUGAAGACUUAUGGCGAGCUACAGAUACCAGAUCCAGACAAGAUCAAGGAUUUACUUAACAAACUGGUUGUGGUGAAGCUCAAUGGAGGCCUUGGUACCAGUAUGGGUUGUACUGGCCCAAAAAGUGCCAUCAGUGUCCGAAAUGAGCUCACCUUCUUAGACUUGACUGUCCAGCAGAUUGAGUAUUUGAACAAGACAUAUGGCACAGAUGUUCCUCUGGUACUUAUGAACUCGUUCAAUACAGAUGAAGACACACAAAAAAUCCUCAAGAAAUAUGGCCAAGUCCGGGUCAAGAUAUACACAUUUCAUCAAAGCAGGUAUCCGAGAAUAAAUCGAGAGUCUCUAUCACCAAUACCUACCAACUGUAGCUACGAUAAUAAUGAAGGAUGGUACCCCCCUGGCCACGGUGAUGUAUACAAAAGUUUCUACAGUUCUGGAAUUUUGGAGGAAUUUAUCAAAGACGAGAAAAAGUAUAUGUUCAUUUCUAACAUUGAUAAUCUGGGUGCUACAGUAGAUCUGAGUAUCCUUAACUUCCUGUUGAACCCAUCUAAUGGACCGGCCCCAGAGUUUGUGAUGGAAGUCACCGACAAGACCAGGGCUGAUGUCAAGGGUGGUACACUUGUGGAGUAUGAAGGAAAACUGAGACUUCUAGAAAUUGCACAAGUACCAAAAGAACAUGUAGAUGAAUUCAAGAGUGUCAGCAAAUUUAAAAUAUUUAAUACAAACAACUUGUGGAUAAGCCUGGAAGCCAUGAAGAGAGUAGUGGAUGAGAAAACACUAGAUAUGGAAAUCAUUGUCAACCCUAAGACUCUGGACAAUGGCCUCAAUGUGAUACAGUUGGAGACAGCCGUGGGGGCAGCCAUUAAAAGUUUUGAUGGUGCUCUAGGUAUAAAUGUACCAAGGCGCCGGUUCUUACCUGUCAAGACAACCUCUGAUCUCCUAUUGGUGAUGAGUAAUCUAUAUAAUAUGAGAACAGGUUCUCUGGAGAUGAACCCUAAACGGAGCUUCCCCUCUGUCCCUCUCGUCAAACUAGGAUCUCACUUUAGUAAGGUGAAAGAAUUUCUGGCCAGAUUCUCUAACAUCCCUGAUAUGUUGGAACUCGAUCAUCUCACGGUGUCUGGAGAUGUUACUUUUGGGAAAAACGUCAUACUAAAGGGAACAGUGAUUAUAAUUGCUAAUCAUGGAGAGAGAAUUGACAUCCCCUCUGGAUCGGUGUUAGAAAACAAAAUCGUUUCAGGAAAUCUCAGAAUCCUCGAUCACUAGGCUUUUGAUGCUGCUAUGUCAAGUCCCAUUCACAGGCAAGAGUCCCACAGCCUGGGACGUCCAAAUGACAAGAGUCCGAUACACAUCUGAGACAUCAAAUCCUGUUAUACAACUAGAGAUCCAGAAAUUCCUGAGCGAUCCAAAACUACCAGGAACACUCCCAAACAGCACCAGUGGAUCCAGGCAAUAUUUUAAUACUUGAUAAAGCAUUUGUAUAAAUUUAUGGUGGAUAUCAAAAAUCUUUAAUGUGUGAUUGUUAAUAGGGGUUUUAUUUUUCAAUUUAUUUUUAUUUCACUUGUAAACUUUGAUUAUCCAAACAAAUUGUACAAUGGAAAAUGUUGGCUAAGGUUUGACAGUCAAGGAAAUGUCUACAUUAUAUUUCUGCAGUGUAAAUCAUAGUUUGUUUCGUGUUCACAGCUUACUUGCCACUUUGCUAGUUUGUAGUGUGGUUGUUCCCUAAGCAGUUAAUGCUGAGGAAUAACAAAAAAUUGUUGUGAUUUCAAUAAACAAAUCUCCCUGUAGAGAUACACACCUCAUUAUUGCCAUAUUGGGCUGAUUUUAUUGCAUGGCUGAUGUGGGUUUAUAAUGUUUAGGUAUGAUUGUAUGGCUGGUGUGGCUAUGUCUAUGUAUGAUGUGGUACGAUGUUCUGGUACGUACAUUGUGAAUGCUGGGUAACAGAUUAGAGAUUGACUGAAUAUUAAUAUGAAAUAGUGAAUUUUUCACAGAGGACAUUGAUAGUUAUGGAGUAUUUAUUGAAAGUCCCAUACCUAUCUAACGGUAUAGACAGUGAUAGUAUUGAUGUUUACCAGACAUAUGUUAAAGACAGUGACCAUGAUGUUUGUUGUAGAUGAAAUAUAUGUUGUUACAGAGUAUAAUUGUUGUGGGGACUUUCUUUUGAUGUCGUCGUGUUUAUAAAUGCUGACAUUUGAUAUUAAAGCCAUGUGUGUACAAUACAUGUCAGUCCAAUAAAACAUUGAUGAUAUGAGUCACUGUCUGAGGAAUUUAAGAAUUUUGUUAGAUAUAUUUUAUUGGUCACUCUUAGGAAUUUAAGAAUUUUGUAAAAUAAAAGUCACUCUCCGACAAAUUAAAGAAUUUUGUAAGAUAUUAAUCACUGUCCAAGAAUUUUAAGAAUUUUGUAAAUAUGAGUCACUGCCUGAGGAAAUUAUAUGAUUUUAUAAUGGACAGAUCACAUACUGUCUGAAGAAACAGUAUUUCACAAUAUAGGUGUUGUAUGAUAGAAUUUCACUAUACAAGAGAAGUAGAAAAUGUCUGAGACAGUUAUCGUACAAAAUAACAGAUCCGAUGAGAGUCUACAAUAAUUAUAUAUAUUGCCACAGUGAGGAAAACUAGUGGAUAUACAAGAUACAUUGUGUGCUCAAUUGUAAACUGCCAAAAUAGAACCAUAUUCGAAAGAGUUUUAUAUUGAUUGAUUAUACAGGAAAUAUUAGUGGCAUUUCAACUAUUUAUAUUAUUGAUUGCUUAUAAAGGAAAUAUUAGUGGCAUUUCAAUUGUUUAUAAUAUUGAUUGUUUAUACAGGAAAUAUUAGUGGCAUUUCAACUGCUCUAUGUAGACAAUGAACAUGAAAGGUUUGGGACUUUUUCUAUUACAAUUGUUUAAUAAUUGUAACACUUAAUUUUGUUUAUCAUGAUCUAAAUGUUUAUGUAUUAUGUUGGUAUUCAAGUGCUAGCUAGUUAUGGCCAUAACAAAUGUGCUUCCAAUUGGUUUUGAUAAUUUUGUAUUACAGCCUUACUGAAUGGUGAACUAAAACAGUUAAACUAAAACAUGUACAUGUAUGACAAUAUCGGAAUUACCCAUUGUGUAAUAAAUUACUGGUUUACCGCC